GCGGAGAGCCCGCGGGAUGAUGAGCGCCGUGCCGGGGCUGAAGGAGGACUGCGAGGAGCUGCUCGGCGCCUUCCAGCAGGCCGACACCGUCCGCUUCGAGCGCUUCGCCGAGCUGUGGCGGGAGCGCCGCUUCCAUGUUUGCUUUAGUGGUAGGAUGAGAGCUUUGGAGAGGAAUAAGAUCACAAAGAAGACUCUAGAACUGGCUCAGCAAUACUUCUUGCCCCCCUACGCCUUCCAGAUCCGAGUUGGUGCUCUGUACCUACUGUAUGGGCUCUAUAAUGCCCAGCUUUGUCAGCCAAAACAAAAGAUCAGAAUCUCACUCAAGGAUUGGCCUGAGAUCCAGAAAUUUCAGCAGGAUCUGCUUGACUCCCAGCACUAUGAUGCAGCAUAUAUCUUUAGGAGACUGCGUCUUGCCAGAGCCUUCCAUUUCACAGCAAUGCCAAAACUACUGACCUACAGAACUAAGAAGAAGGUUGAGGAAAUUUAUUUUAAAGAAGARUUUAAGGACCCAAGUAACAGAGUAAACAGCCUCAUCACUAAUGAUAUGUUGGAGGAACUGAUGAAUAUUCACGACCACUAUCAGAAAAUGAAGUGUGUCAUUUCAGCUGACAAAUCCCAGCCAGACAAGGCCUUGAGCUUGAUAAAGGAUGACUUUGUGGUUAAUCUCAAAGACAUAACCUUGGAACAUCAGGAAUGGCAGCAGAACAGAAUGAAAUUAUUCCAAAAUGCUAAAGAAACUGAUGGAACAGAAAACAAAAAGAAKGAAGGGCCUUUGCUAGAAUCAGAGGGUUCUGAAAGAGCAAGUGCCCUGGCCAGAAUCAAAUACAAGUCAUACUCUGCAGUUGUUGAGGCUUCCAAAUCAAGGAGACAUCGUCAAGUACAGUUAGAAUCCUCUGAACCAGGAUCCAGUUAUGUGAAGUCUGCAAGUCGAAGUAAAAAAACCAGCAGGAGACCACAGCCAGCAARGAGAAGAGGUUCUUCAGAAGUCAGAGGUGAAAAGCAAGUGUCAAAGGAACCUGCUACUCGGCAUAUCGGGAUGCCAGUAAUCACAGAAGAGAACUCUGAUGAAGGAGAAGUAUCUCUCCCCAAGAGGAGAAGACGACGUUAGAGGAUCCAGUUGGAGAAGUGCUAAUGUUCAUUUUAAUGACAAAAUGAAAAUGUCAAAGGUAACACCAAGUGCUUGUUUUGGAUACCUUUGAACAUAAAAGAAGUGUCUGGGACCAGAACCACAGGUGAUGCUGGAAUGYUUGUGGUGACUGGAAUACUUCAGCUGUCUCGUGGUGCAGCACCUGGUGCCUUUAUUCACAUGGUGAAUGCUGCUUGUGGGAUACAAAGUUGCUGUGUCCCAUCUGAGAUGGAAAGAGAAGACUCAGAAAAUAUUUGCACAUCUAAGACAUGUUUAUAAUCAUUUAUCUCUGAACAUAGGGUUAUUGACUGUUGAAAAUGAGUACAAUAAAUUAUUUUUCACAGUUGACUUGCUCCAUUUUAUGGUUUGUAACUUCUCUGUUUAUCAUGGUUUGAUCCCAAACAUGUGGAAAGGAACUUGUGAUAAGCCUUUUGUUGUACCCUGGCUCCAGCAGAGCUGGAGUUACUGUGUUUCCAAAGGGAGGGAUGUAAAUGUGUUUAUUAAUUCAGCAGAUAAUCCUUAGAUGUAUGAGGGCAGGACUGGAAUUCAAAAUGAUCUUUAUAAAUUGGAGAGGAGUGAAAGAAGUGGGUGUGGAAAUAAACAUGGAUCUCAAUACUGAGAACAGGGGCAGGAUGGGGAAAUGUUUGCUUGACASCAGUGCAGCAGAAGAAGCARAUGGACUGAGAAUCAUCMRCUGGAGUGUCUUCUGUAAACACUAAAACCUCUGGMAUUUGUGUCAUUCAGCCCUGGAAGAUGCUAGUUACUCUACUUGGAAUUUCUCCAACUGAUCACAGCURUUCUUUCAAGAAAGGCCAAAGGAGUUGAAGAAUCCUUUUCUACGAGAACAAAUAUAAAAUAGAAAUUUGAAAUAUUUUGAAUACAAAAAGGAUCUAAGUUGAAUAAAUUAUUUUGGAARUAUGAUUCUCAAAGGCCAGAGGAASUUCUCUUAGCUAGAAGAAAACUUUUAAAUGGAGCUAAUAAAAUAAUUUAUAUGUAAGGUUUCCAUAAUAAAUGUGUUGGUUGGCAAGGAGAAACAGGUUUGAAUGACAAGGAGUUUGGACACUGGAAAAGCUGAUGAUGAAGUGCCAGUGUUGCACUUGGCCUUGUUAAUGAGAAAAGAGGAAACUCUUUGUAAUAAAGCCAAACCUUAAUGUGCUGUAAAAGGAGCAAUCAAAUAUUCAGUUGAAUAACCCAAGUUUAUAGUCUAAUUCAAAAGUCAUUAUUAGCCCAGAUCUAACUAGAAUAGAAAAAGAAUACUACUAAACAGAAAAAGCCUGAUAAUGGUAAUAAUACAGUUAAAAUCAGCAUACUUGCAUGUAGUAAAUACCCUUUUUUCUGGUUUACAGCUCAUUCUUCUACUUCACUUUUUGUUCUAAGUUUCUUUGGCUUGGAUAGAACAUGUCCCAGAUUUGGUCUGCUUAAAAGUAGUCAUCUGUGGCUAUAAUAGUUUUGGAGGUGUAAUUUCCCUCAAAUU